CAAACCCAGCUACAAAAACCCCUCUUCCCCCCUUCAUCAGCAUCACUCCCUUGCUUUCCAACAUUCUCCCUUUUCUUACAGGCAUUUUCACAAACACUUUCUCAAAGAAACGUUUCUUUUUUUUUCACGAACAUGGCCAGACCACAGCAGCGAUACCGAGGGGUCCGACAAAGGCAUUGGGGAUCAUGGGUGUCUGAGAUUCGUCAUCCUUUAUUGAAGACUAGAAUUUGGCUAGGCACGUUUGAAACAGCAGAGGAUGCAGCAAGAGCUUAUGAUGAAGCUGCAAGGCUUAUGUGUGGACCUAGGGCUAGGACCAACUUCCCUUAUAACCCAAAUGCAUCACAAUCAGCUUCAUCGAAACUUCUCUCCGCAACUUUGACAGCAAAGUUGCACAGGUGCUAUAUGGCCUCAUUGCAAGUGACCAAAAAAACAUCACUUCAUGAACAAAAACAACAGCAACAAAAGGCACCAACUUCACUUGCCAACACCCCCACCAAUGGCAUUGUCAUAAAAAGUGAGGAACUUGAUGCUUUAUUGCCAGAGAAAAGCCCAUUACAAGUUCAAGAGGCAGAGGCAAACUGGGUGUACAAGAAAGUUCAAGUUGAUAACAACAACCAGCAAUUCAUAAAGCCUCUUGAAGAUCACCACAUUGAGCAAAUGAUUGAAGAGUUGCUUGACUAUGGGUCUAUCGAGUUUUUCUCUGGGGUAACAACUCAGUAAUCUGCAAGCUAAAGGUGCCACAAACACCCUCAUUAGUCUAGUCCUUCUCCUCUGCCAAAGCAAUGGCAUUGAUUAGCUAAUUUUUAACCAAUUCUUAUAGCUUCUUCAAGUGCUUAGUCUUUUAGACCCUUUCUAAGGUCCCUAGAAGUAUCCCUGUAGGGUCCCCUCCAUUUGAUGAUGCUUAAUCAGUACUAAUGUACAGUAUAUUAUGUCAUAAUUAUGAUCUUGUCGUACGCAUUAUGUCUUCAGUCGAAGAUUUGUAGGAAUCUUGCUGCUGCUGCUUCAGGGAUUCCAAAUCUUCACUUGUAAUGCAAAAUGGUACAAUUUUAGAAAA